UUAAUUCAUUGAAACAUGGACGACAUUUACUCCUCUGACGAGAGCGUCGACUCUUAUGAGCCAGAGGAUGUGAUCGUCGAACUGUCCAGCGAUGACACCGGCGAUGACCUCAGUGCCCGUGACGAAUCAUGCGAAAUCGGCAGCGAUAUUGUCAGCAAGGAGAAUCUUCUUAAAUUUGUCAAAGCCAUCGACCCAAUGUCCUCAAUGGAUGAUCACGCUUUGGAUCUGUUUGCCAAAAUGGCUGAUAACUUUGUGGAGGAUGUCUGCGAAAAGAUGGUCAAGGCGUGCCUCAACCCUUAUCAGCAGAUAAGCAAAGAUGUCUUGGAGCGCACCCUCGACCGGGAAUACAACAUAAAGGUUCCCAAAAAAUCUUCUCAACAGUCCAAAUCUAAACAUUAAAAUUGUAAAAAUCAUAAAAUAAAAGCUAAUUUUUAU